UUGCAAGCCACCCUUCCCUCUUGAUCCCAGGCUCCAGCACAACCUGAACAAAUACGGAAUAAUGUCAGGUACCCUUGAGGGCAAAACCGCCCUGAUCACCGGCGCCGCCAGCGGAAUCGGAAAAGCCACCGCCCACAAACUGGACAGUCUGGGCGCCACAUUGAUCCUAUCUGAUAUCAACGAAGAUGCCCUGCAGCAGCUCCAAUCCGAGCUGUCCAGCAGCCCCCGCGCCUCGUACCACAUCUACCGCCCCUGCGACGUCUCCCUCAGCACCGACUGCACCCGACUCACCCAGGCGGUGAAGUCCUCCUUCGAACACCUGGACUUCCUGUUCAACUGCGCGGGGAUCAACCCCACGAAUAUCCCCAUCCUCGAAAUCAGCGAGGACUACUUCACCAAGCUGGUGGACGUCAACCUGCGCGGCACCUUCAACAUGUGUCGCGCCUGCGUGCCCCUCAUGCAAGAAGGGUCCGUCAUGGUGAACGUCUCCAGCGUGUGCGGUCUCAAGGGGUACCCCGGGUACUCGGUCUACUGCGCGACCAAGUUCGGGAUCAUCGGGCUCACGAAGGCGCUGGCCGCGGAGCUGGGUCCCAGAGGCAUUCGGGUGAAUGCUGUCGCGCCGGGGCAUACGGACACCCCGACGAUGGUGGGGAAUGUGGCCGGCGGGGAUGCGAAUGCGCGCAUCGUCAAGGAGGUGCCGUUGGGGCGGCUGGGGGAGCCCCGUGAGGUGGCCGAUGUUGUGGCCUUUUUGUUUAGUGCGGGGGCGUCGUACAUGUCGGGCAGUGUGGUCGAGAUUACAGGGGGCGUAAUUUAGAGGUUUAUGGGUAAUGUCAACAGUAGAUCUGUUGGAUUGGAUUCUCGGCAUGGACUUUGUGAUUGCAUCAAGUGUAUAU